AUGGCUUUACAAAAACGUAGUGAAAAUAAAAAAAGAAUAUCAGACGAUUGUUUAUCUGAUACAAUAUCAUCAUCAACAUUAGAAAUUGUUCUUGAUGAUCAAUCAUUUAGUAAUUCAGGUGAUGAAGAAUACAUUGAUCAAAUCAGGCAAUCAACAGUGGGUACUACUGGUAAUGAAAGUUCUACAUGUCGAAGGAAAAAAUCAAUACCAUUAAGAGAUCCAAAAUCUCAUCGAUUAAUUGAAAAACGUCGUCGAGAUCGUAUGAAUGCUUGUCUUAAUGAACUAUUACAAUUAACACCUCAUAAAAAUCAUGAAAGUCAACGACGUAUUGAAAAAACUGAAAUCAUCGAAUUGGCUAUUGCUCAUAUGCGUCAUUUAAUAUUAACACUAGAACAAAAUUCUAAAAAUACGGAUACAAAUCUUGAUGCAUAUCGAACCGGUUAUCAAAAUGGACUUUCUGAUAUAUUUGAAUUUAUUAGUGAAUAUGCCGAAAGUGAUCAACUCAUUGAAUUUGCACAAUAUUGUAAAGAAAAAGAAAUUGAUUUAAAAAGUCUAACCGUUUUGCCAGAUAGAAAACGACCGAAAUAUUUAUCUUUAUCUGAUAAACGAAUUAAAUCACCAAUAUUAUCGAAAGAACAAUUCAACAAAUCAAAUUUAUCAAAUAAAAACGAUGAGAAAUUAUGUAUUAUAUCUAAUGUUGAGGAAUAUAAACAUAGUGAUUUACAAUCUUCAAUCGGACAACAACAACAACAACAACAACAACAAACUUCAACUGAACAGUAUGAUUCUCCUGUUAAAGUACCAAUAUUUGUUCUACACCCAUCUGGUACACAUUAUAUUCCAAUGUGUAUUGAUGCAUCGAUUGUUUCACAUGCAUUUACUAAAAAUUCCAAUAGAGCUCAUUCAUCAACAACAGAUCAAGCUCUAUGUCAUCCGGUAUCAAUUCCUGUAAAUUUUAACCCAAUAACAGCUGCUUCAGAUGCAUAUGAACUUGAUAUUCAAAAUAUAAAUGUUAUCGGUACUCGUCAUCAAACGAGUGUAAGACCCAAUUAA